GUGUCAAAAUUGUAAUUAAAUUUAUGGUCAUUUUUUGAAUGAUGAAAUUUGAGGCGUCUUAUCAGUCGCUUUUAUGCUAAUUGGUCAAAUGACGGUUGUCUUUUGGUGUUAAUUUAUGCCUCUUUGGGCUCGGCUUUGCGUUUUUUGUGGUUAAUAGUUUGUUUUGAUGAUGAAAAUAAAGCAAUUUAGUAAAGUGCAUCGACAAUUUAAUUGCAGUAAAGGCAAGAACUAGGAUUUUCAGAACAUUUAUGUGGAAAACUGUUCAUUGCCUUACUAAAAUUCAUUUACAGCUCGAAAUAUUGAAUUAUUUUUCAAUUUAUUCACUUAUUUUAGUCCAAACUCAAUCAACUAAUCUAAUUUACUCUGUCAUUUGAUCAUAUAACCUCCCCCAUACCCAACUAACCUCCUUCAUCCCAACAUUUGCUCACUUUCUUUCUCACAAGCCAUUUCUCAUUCAUCAUUAAUUCAUAUCAAAAAUUUUAUUAUCUUAAUCCUUCAGUCUAAUCAUCAAACAAAAAAAAAGAAAUCAGAUUAUUACUUUUAGUGCCCAUUUAAAUGAGAUUUGCACAUUCAAUUGCAACUUCAAUUGUUAAAUGCCACGUGUCGUGACAUUCAGCCUUACAAUCCAGCCCUUUAUUUGCACUUGAUGGAAAAUUAAAAAUUGGAUAGAGGAAAAUAAGUGAUGUUGAGGGAAACUACCCUCUAGUUCAGGGGGAAUAUUAUUGAAAUUUACGAAAUGUUGAGGUUAAGUUGCUGAAUUUUAUGAUUAAAUUGCUGAAUUUUAAGGCUAAGUUGCUGAAUUUUAAGGUUAAAUUGCUGAAUUUUGAGGUUAGAUUGCUGAAUUUUAAGGUUAAGUUGCUGAAUUUUGAGGUUAAGUUGCUGAAUUUUAAGGUUAAGUUGCUGAAUUUUGAGGUUAUGUUGAUGAAUUUCAAGGUAAAGUUGCUGAACUUUAAGAUUAAAAUGCUGAAUUCUAAGGUUAAGUUGCUGAAUUUUGAAGUUAAGUUGCUGAAUUUUGAGGUUAAGUUGCUAAAUUUUAAGGUUAAGUUGCUGAAUUUUAAGAUUAAGUUGCGGAUAUAGGACUUUAAGCAACUCAAUUUUUGAGCUUAGGUUGCUCAAAUUUUUAAGGUUAAGUUUUUCAAUUCUUAAGCUAAGUUUUCAAAUUUUUAGGUUAUGUUCCUAAUUUUCCUCCUUUCCUCAUUUUUCCAAACCAAAAUUCAUUCAGAAUUAUUUUUAUUCGCUAAUCUUCCUCAAGAAAUUCCGCAUUGCAUCCACCCAUCCCGACAAUUCCUUCCUCAUUAUUAUUUCCUAUUACAUUACACAGUUAGGUAAACAUUAUCAAAACCACGUGUCGAUCUGUUUGUAUUUAUGAUUUUUCAUGUCUUUAUUUCCUCUCCCCCAAUCGACAUACUCACUCUCUUUUGCCGGUGCCGUCGUACAUUAAAUGUUUGCAUUUGCUUCAUUAUACACUGUUGUUCCUGUAAAUUGCAUUUAUGUUAACAUUUUUAUAUGUUUGUCUUGCAUUUUUCAUGAUUUUUUUUCCUCCUUGUUUUUCACUCUUCUUUUAUUGUUUGCCGUUUAAUGUUCGAUGGCGGGAUAAAAAUUGUUUUUUAUAUGCUACUGCAUAAUUUACUUUCUCAUAUGGCAUGUGCAUGUGUGUGUGUGUGUGCAUUGCUAUUAUUUUAUUUAUUUAUUUAUUUAUUUUUGUUCAUUGUUGUUGCGACUGUUUGUUCUUAAUUGAAAUCCAAGUUACUUGUUGUGUUGUUGCUCGAUGUUUUGAACUGGAAAGGAGAGUGUAAGUUGUGGACUUUAUGGCAAGGGGUGGUAACCUAGUAUAAGUAAUAGGUUUGAUGAAAAUUAAAUGCGGCAGUGCUCAACAAUGGUAGAUAAUCUUGGAACCAAGCCAACUUAGACCUGAUAUACGUAUGAUUCAGGUUGGAACCAAAGAAACUUUAUCGUAGUCUCUUUUCGACUCUGCAGUAUUCUAGCCCUGCCAAUGAUGAUGCCAUUGAACCAAAUUAAGUCUUCAAUCUUGAGUUUUCCAUCCCUUGCAACUUGCAAUGUUGUUCAUUUCAUGCUUCACAUGUUGAAUUUAAUUAAUAUGAUAUUGAGAAGGGGCUUUUCUGUGCUAUAAAUUUAUUAAUGUCUUAACAAAUAGUUUGCAAUUCAGGAAUAUUAGGUUAUUUAAUAAUAUUGAGGCUAAGUCUCAUUCUUAAUCCAUCUUCUGAUCCUAUACAAGCCAAAUCCUUGAUUCUGUCAUACAAAAUCAUUUACUAUUAAGCGCUUACCUCAGCUAGUGUCACAACUUUUAGUAUAUCUGAUGUAAGGGACCUCUAAGCUUCUACCAAGGGAGUGUAACUCAUUAGAAUUGACUUAAAUGAUCCAAAUCUGAUUUGUCAAUUGGCUUUAACUUACUAAGUGCUCUACAAGGUCUCUACAAGGCAGUCCUUUGUAAAAACAAGACGACUUCUGAAGAUAAACUAAACCUUAAACCCCAAAAACUUUAAAAACUCUAAAAGUACUUCCCAUAGUUUUAAAAUAACAUCCAUAAAUCCUCUAUUCCUUUCCUGCUGAUUCCCACAAUUCGACUUCUACAACAAAAAAAUCUCCAACUGCACGUCCAAACAGUCCAAGUCCGAGCUGAUGUCAUUUUUGCUGACAAUGCCAGAACAGAACGACAGUAAGCUGUAAUCACAUACGACAAUUUUUUUUCUCAUUUUUUGUUGAUUUUUCUACAUGAUUUUUUUUCAACAUGGAAAUUGAGAGCACUAAAGGUUGGAUAUUCGAUUUUAUUGUUAUUUGAAGUAGUUCGAUUGUUAUUUGAUGCUUGGAAUGAAUUGGUUUUAUUGGGAGAAUUAAGAAAUUGAGGAGCUUGAUUUGCAUAGAAGGAUUGAGGGGGUAACAGCUUGAUUUUGAAAAUGGAACAAGCUUUAUAUGAAGGGGGUAACAACAUGAUGGGAAUGAGUUUUUAAUGAAAAUUGAAAAUUGUUGUAAAUGAAGGAGCAAACAGCAUGAUGGGAAAAACAUUUUCUCAAAAAUUUGUUUUCCACCUGUUUUAAUCGAUUUUUCAAUCAAAAUGCUUUUCCAUUAUGUUGUUAUCCCCUUGCUCUGAAGCAAUUUUCAAGAAAAAGUUGGAGAUCUGGAUAGUUUGUGGUAUACGGAACCUCAUCCAUUUUAAACUGUAAAUUCAGAUAAACUUAACCUCAUAAUUACAAAAACAUACCAAAAACUCUCAAUCCAUCCUAAAAAGCAGUCCCAUAUGCAGCAAUAAGAACAGAUUUCAUCCUCAGAUUUACACAAAAAAUAUGAAAAAUCCAUUAAUAGAAAAAAAACAGUCUCCGACUUACUGCAAAUCUUCCAACAACAACAAAAUCACAGAAAAUCCUUUAGCCUCCGACAAAAAAUUACCUUACUUUUUUAUAUAUUUUUGUAAUUUGUAAUGUUAACCCACAACACUAAUGCCAUAAGAUAAAUAAAUCAUUAUCAUGGAGUUAAAGUCGCAUUUUAUUUAUUCGUUGCCAUUCCCAACUUUUAUUUACAGCAUAGAUACAUUGUACAUUUUCAGGAUCAUCACAACAAUUUUUCAGCCUCAUAUGUGUAAGCAGAAAUGAAGCAACAGUAAAAUUUGUGGUGGUAGUUCACAUGUGGUUAAAGGCUCAAUGGAUUAUGUCGCAUUCGAU